AUGAGUGAAGCUAUCCAAAAAUCGAAGCCAAAGCGCGAGAGCGAUUCCGGGGAUUCAAGCUCAGUUGCAAAGAAGCUGAAAAUCGAUCAAAGCCAAAUCCCAGAAGUUGAUUCGAGUGGAAGUGAGGCAAAUUCAGAUGCGAGGGAAAUGGGUUUUGAAAUCGAAGCUGAGGCAGCAGAGGAUAAGGGGUUAAGGCACGCCAUGGAGGACGCGUGGGUUCUGCUCUUGGAUGCGAGCUUGGGUUUUCAGGGAAACUUGAGGUUCUUGAUGCUUUUGGUACAAUCUCAUUUCCACCACUAUGAGUACUUGAAUUCGAAGAAAUCGAAUUCGAAGCCAUAUGAAGAUGAAGUGACAGAUGAGAGCCUGGAAUUAAACGAAUCGAGUUAA